CAGGGGGCAUUUGUGGAGCGCUGGCACAAGGAGACGUCAUCUUUCCACCUGCCGGUUGGGGAGAUGACGAUCACCUUGCAUGACGUCCAGUGUCUUCUCCACCUGCCUAUUAGGGGGCCGCUGUUGACCCACUCCAAGAUCCAGAGGGUGGAGGCCAUUGAGUGGAUGACGCUCUAUCUGGGCAUGGAGGAGGAGGUUGCUCACUUUGAGUGCGCCACGACUUGUGGGCCUCAUGUCCGGUUCACUACACUGAAGAUCUAUUUUGAGUUCCACCUGGACGCGGCGGCCGAGGCCGAGCAGGAGGAUAACGACCUGUUCACACAGUAUCACCGCGACUGCGCUCUCCGGUGCUGGUACAUGCAUGUGGUAGGCGCUGCAUGCUUUGUGGACAAGAGCGCCAGGUACGUCGACGUGACCUACCUCCGCUAUUUCAUGGACCUGGAUACCGUUCACCAGUGGAACUGGGGGGCAGCUACUCUGGCAUAUCUCUACCAGAAGCUGAAUGAGGCCUCCAACUGGAGGACGAGGCAGCUGGUCGGAUCCUGCACUCUGCUUACGAGCUGGAUCAUCUCCUACUUCUCCCGCAUCCACGGCUUCCACAUCGAUCCUGAGUAUGUGGACCCCAUGCCCAGGGCCGCCAGAUACGUUCUCCAGAGGGGGAACGAUGCGGUGGGACCAUACCGCCUGUACCUGGACCGCACGAUGCACGACGACGUCACCUGGAGGCCGUUCGCCGACUACGCUCAGGUUGUCCCCUUCGACGGGGUUGCUCUAUAUUCAGGCUGGUUGGCAUGCGGGACCGGCAUCAUGGUUCGGUAUCUCCCGGAGCAGUGCAUGCUUAUCUGGUCUAUUUGGAAAGCUUGCAACAAUGUAAUCUUUAAUGGAGUCACAGUAACUGCGAAAGAAGUGGAUGAGUAG